UGUAAAAAUUGGCAAUUCUAAUUUGUCCGCAUUGUGUAUAAAAUCUUUGGUUGGCAACGUUUCUUCAUUCGUCAUAUUUGUAGCAAUCGAGUCUAGUGUAAUAGUUAUUCUGUUUUUAGACGAAGAAAGAGUGCAAAAUGCCUAAUAUCAAGCUUCAGAGUUCAGAUGGUGAAAUUUUUGAAGUGGAUGUUGAAAUUGCCAAAGCUUCUGUAACUAUAAAAACAAUGUUGGAAGAUCUUGGCAUGGAUGAAGAUGAAGAGGAUGUUAUACCUCUUCCAAAUGUGAAUUCAGUUAUUUUAAAGAAGGUGAUCCAGUGGGCUACGUAUCACAAAGAUGAUCCUCUUCCUCCAGAAGAUGAUGAAAAUAUAGAGAAGAGGACAGAUGAUAUAAGCUCUUGGGAUGCUGAUUUUUUAAAAGUUGAUCAGGGCACAUUAUUUGAGUUAAUUCUGGCAGCUAAUUACUUAGACAUAAAAGGAUUGCUCGACGUAACAUGCAAAACAGUUGCCAGCAUGAUCAAAGGGAAGACUGCAGAAGAAAUAAGGAAUACAUUCAACAUCAAGAAUGACUUCACACCCAAGUGAAGAAGAACAAGUAAGUAGCAACUAUUUUUAUAUACAAAAUGCUUUUGCAAAAAUUUCAAUUACUUAAAAUUUAAUUUUAGGUCAGAAUAGAGAAUGAAUGGUGUGAAGAAAAAUGAACUAUAUCAAAGUGAUCAGCUGUAUUGUGAUUCCUUGUGUUUUUCCAUUUGGUCAAUGUGAAAAAAA